UUGGGUGGACAAGAAGCAAUGGUUGCCUGCCUGCUUUGCCUUCUAUUUGCCUGCAAUCUUCUGCCAGUUCUCUUGGCUGGUAAAGGUUCUUCUUCCUGUGUCUUCCCUUUUGUCUUUAAUGGGAGGUCAUAUUCAUCUUGCACUAGAGAUGGAGCCAUUGAUGAGCAGCUCUGGUGCAGUACAACAUAUAAUUAUGAUACAGAUGGCCGGUGGAAGCACUGCAUUCUUCAAGAGCAUGGAGGCAAUUCUGGAGGCAAAUCCUGUGUGUUUCCCUUUGUCUACAAGAACCAGACCUUUUACACAUGUACCAAAGUGGAGAAGGGAAGAUUCUGGUGUGCCACCACAAGAAACUAUGACAAGGAUCUUGAGUGGAGCUACUGUGCUGACACCAGAUUAGAUGCCAAUCCUAAGGGACCCUGUGUCUUUCCUUUCAUCUUCAACCACACGUCUUAUUCAUCAUGCACAACAGAUGGAAUUUCUAAUAAGAAGCCAUGGUGCUCCCUUACCAAGAACUAUGAUAUUGAUUUUCAAUGGACCUAUUGUGAAUCUUCUGAACCAAAAGAGAACAUGGAGAAUCUAUCUUGCGUCUUCCCAUUUGUCUAUGAUGGCAAGCUGUAUUUCAGCUGCACUAGAGAGGGGCGAAAUGAUGGGAAACGUUGGUGUGCCACCACUAUCAACUAUGAUCUUGAUAAGAAAAUGAAGUUCUGUCCAGGGGAAUUAGGAACAGAGCCACAGCAAGAUGAUCCAACUUGUGUCUUCCCAUUCAUCUACAAGGGCAAGUUCUACAGUACAUGUAUUGAUGAGGACAUGGAAAAUGGGAAGUUCUGGUGUUCCACAAGUAGCAACUAUGACAAAGAUAAGAAAUGGAAAUAUUGUAAUGUCACAGAUCCAGAACCUUAUCUAAUAAUAGUAAAUCCACUUUGUGUAUUCCCAUUCAUCUACAAAAGCAUCUCCUACAAUACAUGUACAGCAGAGGGCAUGAGUGAUGGGAAGCUGUGGUGUGCCACUACGAGCAACUUUGAUUUGGAUAAUACAUGGGCAUACUGCAAUAUUACAGGGCCUGAUGAGAUCAUGGAAAGUCCACCGUGCAUUUUCCCAUUCAUCUAUCAGGGAAAGCUUUACAGAAAUUGUACUGCAGAUGGACGGAGAGAUGGGAAGUUCUGGUGUGCAACAACCCAGAAUUAUGAUGUUGAUAGGAAACUGAAGCUCUGCCAAGAUUUAGGGCCAAAUCCAAUGAUACAAAGUCCAUCAUGUGUAUUUCCAUUCAUCUUCAACAAAAAGGUCUACAGUACAUGCACUAAUGAAGGCAUGAGUGAUGGGAAAUUCUGGUGUGCCACCACCACCAGUUAUGAUGUAGAUAAAAAAUGGGCAUAUUGUAAUGACACAGGACCUGAUGAGAAUGUGGAAAGUCUACCUUGCGUCUUUCCAUUUGUCUUCAAGAACCAGGUUUACACUGGUUGUACCACAAAUGGCCGGAGUGAUGGAAGAUACUGGUGUGCCACCAGCAGUAACUAUGAUAUUGACAAAAUGUGGAGGUUCUGUUCAGAGGAAUUAGGGCCAGAUCCAAAUAUUGAAGAUCCAACAUGUGUCUUCCCAUUCAUCUACAAAGAUAAAUUAUAUACAACAUGUACUGCAGAUGGCAUGAGAAAUGGAAAAUGCUGGUGUGCAACCACUAGCAACUAUGAUGUAGAUAAGAAAUGGACAUACUGUAAUAUCACAGAUCCAGAUCCAAAGAUAGACGGACCAACUUGUGUUUUCCCAUUCAUCUACAAUGGCAAUUCCUAUAGCACAUGCAUCAGUAAUGGCAUGAGGGAUGGGAAGAAGUGGUGUGCCACUACUGGCAACUAUGAUGUGGAUAAAAAAUGGAUGUGCUGCAAUGACACAGGGCCAGGCACAACUUACAAAUGUGUCUUUCCAUUCACUUACAAUGAUAAGAGCUACAACAGCUGUACAAGCGAUGGACGAGAAGAUGGAAAACUCUGGUGUGCCAUCACCAAGAACUAUGAUGUAGAUAAGAGAUUCACUUUUUGUACUAUCACAAAAACAGGCUGUGUUUUUCCUUUCAUCUAUAAAGGAAAAUCGUAUGAAAGCUGUACCACUAUGGAUCACAAUGAAGGAAAAACUUGGUGUGCCACCACUCCAGACUACAAAAGUGGUUUGAAAUGGAGAUUCUGCAAUGAAGCGGAUUGUGUCUUUCCUUUUAUCUUUCGUGGACAGUCAUAUGACAACUGUACCAGCGAUGGGCGUGCUGAUAACAAACGAUGGUGUUCCCUCACUGGCAAUGCUGAUGCCAAUCAUAGUUGGCUUCUGUGUUGAAUUGAACUGAAGAAUUUCAGCUCAAAGGUAGACCAGCCAAUCUUCAGGCCUUGCUGAAACUUAUCAACAGCCAAUAUACUAAAGAAGUUGACUUUUCCUUGCUUUCUAGAUCUGGACAUAAUUUUUUUUUGUAACUCUUUGGGGAAAUUAUUAUUAUUAUUUGCUUAUAACUGCCACAUGGUUGUGGCAGGGAAAUGUGUAUAUUCCCUAAUUGAUAUAUUUCAGACCAGGAAACAGUCAUCAUAAGGAUUACUUGGAAAUUCUGUUGUGAUGGAGCUUAAUAGAAGAAUUUUGCAUAACAUUUUCCUGCUGUCUCUUCUUAUACUAAAGAUGGCGAUGUUAUCUUGGCUUUCUGUCUCAUUUCCUGUUCCUUCUCAGAUGCUUUCUAGAUCAUUUAUUUUUCAAAGCUAGCUCUUUCUCUAAGGAAAGAGCUAACUUUCCUAUGAAAAGAAAUAACUAAAGAUCAAUUGCACAACUUGCAGCUCUAAAACCAUGUACUGUGCAUACUUUCAAAAUUUUCACUGUUUUGUCCCCAGACAGUGGGGACAGACAAAUGGAAGUUUUUACAUUUAUAACACUAAACCAGGUAGGGAGAAUUCAUAUUUAUGCCACAUGGUGAAAUUAAAUCUGAUCAUAAUUAUA